AUGGGAAUGAUGAGUUUGAGCAGCAGCGUAAUGGUUGUGUUGAUGAUACUGUUGGUGGUGCAAGUGUCGUCGACGCAAUACAAAGUUGGGAACUUGGACUCAUGGGGAAUCCCAGUUGAUGCUAAAGUCUACUCCAAGUGGCCCAAAACUCACUCUUUCAAGAUCGGUGACUCCCUCUUGUUCUUGUACCCACCAAGCGAAGAUUCAAUGAUUCAAGUGACAGCUUCCAACUUCAAGAGCUGCAACACCAAAGAUCCAAUCUUGUACAUGAACGACGGCAACUCUCUCUUCAACCUCACCCAAAACGGAUCCUUUUACUUCACCAGCGGACAACCUGGCCACUGUCAAAAGUACCAGAAGCUCCUCGUCUCCGUCGGCACUUACUCCCCCGAAGCUGACGACGCCUUGUCUCCUUCGUCUUCUGCUGAUGCCGACGCUCCCUCUUAUCAAAACGCAUUUGGAUCCAUCCCACUCUCUCAGAAAUCUUUUUCUUCUUCGCUGCGAUUCUCCAUCAUCGUUGCUUCGCUGGCCUGCGCUGUCGUCGUCGGUGCUAUCAUGUGA